AGAAUACAGCAGUGAGAGAUUAAGCCAAUCAGAGCGAGCGGAUUACAUCUGUGCUGUUGUGCAACGGGCUGUAUUUAAAGCAGCUGUCCGCCUUGAGCAGCACAGAGAUUGAGUCCAGCACAUCUAGUGUAAUACAGUCCCGAGGCCAGCGACAGACUCUCCAAAAUGAGUGAUAACCCAGUGAAAGAAGAAGUGAAGCAGUUCGACAAGAAAUGCCUGAAGAAGACCAACACGGCGGAGAAGAACAGUCUGCCCACUAAAGAAGAUAUCGAGCAGGAGAAGAAGGAUGCAGAGGAGGCCAAGUGAAGCCGCUCUCGCUCCUGCACAUCAACUAUCAGUCAGCAG